CCAGCAAUCAAGCUCAUAGCAAUAUGCUCAAAAAGAAUGCAUCCCUAGUGUGAGAAACAUAUAAAUACAUGCACAAGCUGAGAGAGGUAGAAAGAGAGAGAGAGAAAGGGCAGUUGAAGAGGGUUCUUGAAGAGAAGACAAAGUUUGUCAGGUGUACAACCAGAAUUUGAGCAUACUUCAAUUCCCGAGGAAAACCCUUUUGUUCCAAACAUUCUUUCUUGGCUUUUCUUUUUCUGUCUGCUUCAGUGGGCUCAAAAGUUGCAAGAGAGUGACGAGCACUUCCCAGAAAAAGAAUUUUAAAUGCUUUCACUUCACUGAUUGGCUGGCAAGAAGUUUGGAUUCAAGAAACAUUUUCCGAAGAAUUUUCCAGUACUUUUAAAGGAUUCUCGAGGUCUUCCUCUGCACUUGAAAGAACAUGAAUACUUUUUCACACGUUCCUCCAGGUUUUAGAUUCCAUCCUACAGAUGAAGAAUUAGUUGACUACUAUCUACGGAAGAAGAUUGCUUCAAAAAGAAUUGAUCUAGAUGUAAUUAAGGAUGUUGAUCUUUACAGAAUCGAACCAUGGGAUCUUCAAGAACUUUGCAAGAUAGGUACCGAGGAGCAGAAUGAGUGGUAUUUCUUUAGUCAUAAGGAUAAGAAGUAUCCAACUGGAACACGCACUAAUAGAGCUACAAAGGCAGGAUUCUGGAAAGCUACAGGAAGAGACAAAGCUAUUUACUCUAAGCAUAGUUUAAUUGGCAUGAGAAAGACCUUGGUAUUUUAUAAAGGUCGAGCCCCAAAUGGACAAAAAUCAGACUGGAUAAUGCAUGAAUACAGACUAGAAACCAAUGAGAAUGGGACUCCUCAGGAAGAAGGAUGGGUUGUGUGUAGGGUGUUCAAGAAGAGAUUGACAACUGUACGGAAGGAAGGAGACCUCGAGUCACUAUGUUGGUACGAUGAUCAAGUUUCUUUCAUGCCCGAAUUUGACUCUCCAAGGCGGAUACCUCAAUCAUAUUCGUCAUACAAUCCUCAGUAUUCCUGCAAGCAAGAGUUUGAACUGCAAAACAACAUCCCCCAGGAUGUAUUCCUCCAGCUUCCUCAACUUGAGAGCCCUAAAGUUCCACAGUCGAUCACCAAUGUAAGCUGCAGUUUAAUGGUACCAUACGGUUUUGAUAGGAGCAGUGGAAGCAUUUUACAGUCUUCAACACUUGCGCAUGAAGCACCACAUCUGCAACAAAGCCACCAAGCCCAAAUAGUUUACAUUAACAACACUGAUCAAGGUGUUGAACAAGUGACUGAUUGGCGAGUUCUCGACAAGUUUGUCGCAUCUCAGCUAAGUCAUGAAGAUGCAGCAAAGCAGACUGCCUAUUCUGAUGGACCUUCUUCACUUCAAGUGGCAGAACACAUGAAUAUGCUAGUGAAUGAUGAAUCAAAGCAACAAGAAAUGACGUCACCAGAAUUUGGCUGUGUAUCCGCCCCGAGUCCUCAAGUGAUCUUUGGAAGUAAGAAUAUGUUAAUUUAACUACAAUUACAUAUAGCAGUAAUCAGUCAUAGGAAGUUACUACAAAUAGAAGAAAGAAAUGUGACGACAGUUUCUGUACAUAAUAAAUUGCUAAGUACUACUAAGUAGCUAUUUGGUUGCUUGUACACAAUGUACUAAUGUUCAGAGGCAUAUAUAUAGGUUCAUGAGAGACACCUACUAGUAAGUAUAUAUGGAUGCGUAUAUGGUUUGUAAGCUAUAAGUGCUGGUGACACUACUACUGUGGGAUUGUUGAAUAUGUUUCCUUUUAUUGAAGUUCAACAAGCACUUAAAUGGGUUUUUUUUUUUUUUUUUUGCAACUUUUGAAGUUUAUUUUGGCUUUUUCUCUGUCCAAAAAUGGAAUCUUAAUUACAGAUACUCAAUGGCAUCAUUCCUUCUUUUGUAUAUUUUCUUAUGUUUUAUCAUACUAGUUUCUCUUCCUUGAGAUGUUCAUGAAUUGAACUUACUGAAAAAUAUAUAGAAAAAACGGACAACUCAAUCACCGCAUGCAGCAGAAGCAAGUUGCGACCUAUUCUAAAUACAAAAUGAUGUUGGUUUUCUUCUUUUUUUUCAUCCUUUUCCUUGGGGUUAUCAUGAGUCGAAAUACUGAGAUACUAGGUAGAAGAAGGUCUGCAUCUUUGAAUUUCGCGUAGUUUCUUUCUAUGAAUGAGAAAUCCAAUAAUGGGCUGCUAUUAACUAGAGAAUGCAGAAGGCAUGGUAGAAUUUCCCCCCGGUUUAUACACGCAGAUGACCUCAAACUACUAGAGCAAAAGCAAAAGGUUUUCGAAUUACCUG